AUGUCUUCUAUCACGUCCUAUUACCAACGAUUACGUAGUAACGAUCCCUUCGGUAUAUAUAUUCCUUUGGAAGAUACUUCGAGCAAUACGUCCACAAGAAGUAAAGUGUCCAAUAUGAAGCCGGCAGUGUGCACCGUAGUGUUGUUUGUGUUCGUGUACGUGAUGGUGACUAAUGUUUCAGGAUAUGGUGCAGGUGGCCACGGAGGUUACGAAGGAGGAAAAAAUGAAUACGGAAGCGGUGGCCACGGAGGUUACGGAGGUGGAAUGAGUGGAUACGGAAGCGGUGGAAAGGGUGGAUACGAAAGCGGUGGUUACGGAGGUUACGGAGGUGGAAUGAAUGGAUAUGGAAGCGGUGGAAAGGGUGGAUACGGAAGCAGUGGCCACGGAGGUUACGGAAGUGGAAUGAGUGGAUAUGGAAGCAGUGACCAUGGAGGUUAUGGAGCAGGCGGUUACGGGAGUCACGGAGGUUAUGAAAGUGGAAAAGGAGGCUACGGAGAAGGCAGUCACGGUGGUUACGAAGGUCACAAAGGUUAA